AUGGAUGUGCCCAAUAACCUUCAAAUCCCUCCGGCUUGGCUCAGACUCUCAGGGCUCCGUCUCCGCGGUGAAGCUCUGUCGGCUGUCAUAAUUUCUCUACCCGUUCGUCUCAUCGCCAACCUGCCACAAGACGACGACUGGCCAAGACCGACGAAGACCAUGGACUCUAUUCGGGCCCUUCUGGGCCUCAAACCACGGCGGGUUCCGCCGCCGAAGAUCGAAACUGACGAAAUCUUCCCGGUACAUUUCUUCGACGACACACCCACGUACCGGGAUCUCAUCUUGUGCUGGACUCUCCGCUUCAACGACGUCCUCGACGCCGAUAAGCUGCAUGAUGCCCUCGUCCGGCUGCUGAAUAUGGGCGAUUGGAGGAAGCUCGGGGGCCGGCUUCGCUUAAGGGUGAGUGAGAGAGCCUUCACUGUGACCCAGCUGCUGGGUUCAAUCUGCGUCGCCAGAUCAGAUGGCCGGUUGGAGAUCCACGUACCGACCCCCUUCACACCAGCUCGUCCACCCGUUCGCUUCUCCCACAUUACCUUCGACGUCAGCAUCAAAGAGCACCCCCUCGCCAGCCAACUCCCGCAGCCGACACCCGAUCUCUCCCUGCACCCGUCAUCUGUGACCUUCCGCCCCUUCGGCGCCCGCUCCGACGCACCGACCACCAUCGACGACUUCCUGUACAGCGACGAGCCGCAGCUCUCACUACACGUGACGUCCUUCAGGGACGCAACCCUCGUCGCGCUGUCGUGGCCGCACACCAUGACCAGCGGCCUCGGCCGGAGGGACCUCGUAGCAGCCUGGUCCCUGGUCCUGGCCGGUCGAGAGGCCGAGGUCCCGCCCAUGCUCGGAGCCCGCGAGGAUCCCCUGGAAAAGCCGAGUACCGCCGCCGUCGAGGACCAGGAGCCGUACGUCCUCGAGCCGAAACGGAUCCCGGGGCUGGGCAUGCUCUGGUUCGGGCUGCGGUUCGCUUGGGAGCUCCUCUGGUAUAGUGUCGAGGGGCGGAUGAUGUGCCUGCCGCCAAAAUUCGUCGCGAGGCUGCGCCAGGAGGCCGUCGAAGGGCUCAAAGCCGCCGGCGGCGGCGGCGGCGGCGGCGGCGUGGACGGGGAGGAGGAUGUCGACGUCCCCUUUCUCAGCGAUGGCGACAUCAUAUCGGCCUGGGCCACGCGCCUCGUCUCCGUGUCGCGUGGUCCCUCCCGCCCCAUUACCGCCAUCAACGCCGUCGACAUCCGGGGCCGGGUCAAGUCCGCCUUCGACUCCGGCGCGGCCUACGUGCAGAACCUCGCCUUGGGCACAUUCACCUUCUUUACGGCCCACGAGAUCCCCAACCUGCCGCUUGGACAACUCGCCUACAGGUUUCGACGGAGCAUCCAGGAGCAGGUCAGCGAGCCGCAGGUCCUGGCUUUGAUGAGGCUGAUGAGGGCUCAGAAACCGCCCGGCUCGCCCAUGUUAUUUGGGGAGGCGAAUGCUUUGCUUGUCGUCUUCAGCAGCUGGGCGAAAGCCAAGUUUUACGAAUCGGUUGACUUUGGUCCGGCAGUUGUGAGCACUGGCGCAUGGGAGGAGAGGCCCUCGCAUGUGCCCGGGCGGAUGGUGUAUCACCACGCGCAAAGCAUGGUGGAGAGCGCGAUGACGAGAAAUGUUUUCAACAUCUUGGGUAAAGACCCGCAGGAGAAUUAUUGGAUUUCGGCCUUUUUGCUGCAUGAUUCUUGGGCCAAGAUUGAGGAGGAGAUUCGAAAUUCUGCAUAGCCUAGAGGUGCCACCAUACGAUGAUAUAUGAUUGAUUCAAUGUUCCCAUACGACAUACUCCAUUUUAGCUAGGCAUGCCAUGUAGAUUCCCAUUCUGAUAUAUCAUACACAGUAAUAACAGCCGCAUGGUCC